AUGGGAGGUCCUAAUCUCGAAAUAUUCAGAUUCGGGUUUUACAUGUUUUUCCCCAUUUAUGCAAUGGUGAAGUUUGGUGAUCCAGAAUGGUAUGAAAGUUAUGUUCAGCCUUAUAAGGAGAUUCUAUGGCCGCCAUAUGAAUCGACAUAUCAACCACCUCGUACGCAGACAGGUAUUAAGGAAGAAUUAGCACGUAUGAAAGCGGAAAGAAUAGCUAAAAAAACAGGUAGACCAAUCGAAAGUAUAAGUCAAGAUGAAAUAGAUUCUGAAGGUGGUGUAAAUCUAAAUCUCAAUCGUCCUAAGCCUGCUUUGACAAGUUCGAUCCCAAGUUCAAGUCCAAGUUCAACAGGGACAAAUCACCAAUAUUCAUCGGAAAACAACAAUAAUGCCUCUACGACUAAAAUGACAGGGACAGGAACCGCUUGGAAUUGGCCAAAUUCACAGAAUGGGAAUGUAGAAGGAGAAAGAUUAGUAUAA